GUCGCUGAAACGUUAUGCGACAAAGUUAAGAGUCGCGCGGGUUUGUUUUGUUAUGAUGCACGAAGACGAAAAGCAGGAAAAGUUUUAUUGUGAUGAAAUCGCAGACAUGCUGCUCGUGACGAAUGGUGAUUGUGAUUUUGAUGGUAACAAUUUUACCCAUCCCGAUGGCACACUGGAUUGGAAUGCCGUGGAGCAGUUCUUUGCAAGUGAUUUAGUUCCUCAUGAUAAGCCUUUGACCUACAAACAAUGCAGUGGAUUGAUGCCCAAAUUCCACGCCUUCUUGAAACGAUGUCCAAUCGUAGAAUACCUGCCCGAGAUGCUGACAUGGUGCAAUCGAUUAGAUGUGAUAGUUAUGUCGUUACAUGCAACGACGUUAACCAGGACGUUGAUACUCUCAUCUGUCCUUGAGUAUUCACUAGGAAACAUUUUCCUCAGCAGGACAGGUAUUACACCACCACAUUUGUUACGAGAUCUGCUGAUGACCGACACCUUGGCGACUGAGCUAGGUGAAACUAUUAUAUACCUUCUGAGACUCCUACUAGGCACCCCAAAUGGAAUCAACUUGAGAAAUUUGGUCUGGCAUGGUUUCCUCAGUGACGACGAUCUUAGCCCAAUCUACAACAAUUUCCUGCUGUUGAUUAUGACGUCGAUAGGAAAGGUUCUGCUCGAGCGAAACUCUGCCUUGAAGCAUCGAAGUUGUUCCCUUGAUGCUCAGAUGUUAGUCACUGAAAUGGGACUUGAAAAUUUCAAUGAAUUACAGUUGAAAAAUUGCCUCAUGAAUCAUCCACAAAUAUCGAAUCUUCAACUCAGAGAUUGGACGCAAACUUUGAAGUACUACAAAAAGGACCAAUUCUAUUUUUGUGUGAGUCACGCCCUAAUCCAGCUGGAAAUGUACCUUCGGAGAUUGUAUGGUCAACUCUACCGAAGGGAUUGGCGAGCAAAACUGGACGAGUAUUACAUAAUCAUGGACACCGUAUUUGAAGAGUACAAUUCCAUCACACAAGAUCGCAAUCGAAUGUAUGAUUAUUUUCCUAAUUCUCUGUUGGAACUGGUCUACGACCUAUUUUCAGCGAUGAACGGUCCAAGAAUACGAGACAAGCUAAGUCACGGAGAACUUCAGCUAGAUCAGGUCGAUAAAACCAUGGCCGAAGCAGUUCUGUACACUUGCUCUUUGGUCAUAGAGAACGAUUCAAAGUUUACCUAUAGAAGCGUAUAUCAUCCCAAUGCGAUUGCACAAGCCAAACUCAAGGAAUGCAAAGCUGCAUUGAACCAAAUUAAAACUUUAAGGUUUCCAAAGAACUUAAACGACUCGGAACCGGCUGGAGACGUCCCAUUCAUACCUGAGGUUUGCAUUAUGGAAAAGAUCAAUAUAUUUCAUCGUCCAGGCGGCGAGGAGAUAGUGGUAGGAUAUUUGCAAAGGAUAGCCACAACGCUGAAACUAGCUGCCAAGAAUCUUCACCAAUCACUGGGUUUGAAAAUAGGCGCCAUGGAAAGGAGAGAACUACGAUCUCGGGCAAGGAAUACGCUCAACAAUAUGCUGAAGAUGCUGCCGACAAUCACCGCAGCGUUUGAGCAUGUGCUGACCCUGUUGGUGUGGAUAUUCCACUGUCUUAUGGAAGCUGACGAGUUACACGAUUUGAAUAAACUUAUUAGAUUUAUGAAGUUUAUUCUAAAAUACACAGAAAAUGCGGCUAACAAUCUAGAUGCGAAGAACAACAUCUGGCUACCCCUGUACGAGACAUCAAGGCGCGAGCUGUACGAUAAAACUAGGCAAAAUCUUACGCUACUGCUGUGCUGAAUUUGAGUUUGGGAUUGAUAUAGAAGUGUGUAUUUAAUCUUUGUCGAUUUUUUGUGUCUCCCAUUAGUAGAGAUGUGGUGUAAAAUGGUUUAAG